UGUCCCUGUCAUGGCGGCCUCCACGCUGGUGUCGGCGUGGGGCCCGCUACGGCCCGGCGUCCCCGGGCUGUGCCGCUGCCGGCCGCCCAGGGGCCUGUGGGCGCACGCAUGGCGGCUCCCGGAGCCCGCGGGGUCCGGGCGGAGCGUGGCCGCGGUCAGCGGACCUGGCGCCUCGGGCACUGACCGCUACUGCUUGGAGCUGCUGCGGAAACGAGAUUAUGAAGGCUAUUUAUGCUCCCUGCUACUCCCUGCAGAAUCCAGAAGCUCUGCUUUUGCACUGAGAGCUUUCAAUGUGGAACUGGCUCAGGUUAAGGACUCUGUCUCUGAGAAAACAAUUGGACUGAUGAGAAUGCAGUUUUGGAAAAAAACUGUGGAUGAUAUAUACUGUGACAGUCCACCACGUCAGCCUGUGGCCAUUGAACUAUGGAAGGCUGUCAAAAGACAUAAUCUGACUAAAAGAUGGCUUAUGAAAAUCAUUGAUGAAAGAGAAAAAAAUUUGGAUGACAAAGCAUAUCGUAACAUCCAGGAACUGGAAAAUUAUGCUGAAAACACACAGAGCUCUCUUCUUUAUCUAACACUAGAAAUAUUGGGUGUAAAGGAUCUUCAUGCAGAUCAUGCCGCAAGUCACAUUGGAAAAGCACAAGGCAUUGUAACUUGCUUGAGAGCAACGCCGUAUCAUGGUAGUAGAAGAAGAGUAUUCCUUCCCAUGGAUAUUUGUAUGCUGCAUGGUGUUUCACAAGAGGAUUUUCUACGGAAGAGCCAAGAUAAAAAUGUGAGAGAUGUGGUAUAUGACACGGCCAGCCAGGCACACUUGCAUCUAAAGCAUGCUAGGUCCUUCCACAGAAGUGUUCCUGUGAAAGCAUUUCCUGCUUUCCUUCAAACAGUUGCGCUGCAGAACUCUAGGGGGAGCUGUGUACGUGGGCUGAGAAGGCGGUGGGGCCGCUUCACACUGUGCAGGGCAAAAGUUGCUCUGGAGGACUAUUUAAAGAAAAUUCAACAAGUGGAUUUUGAUAUAUUCCACCCAUCUUUACAGCAGAAGAAUACUUUACUUCCAUUAUCUUUGUAUAUUCGGUCAUGGAGAAAAAGAUAUUAAAAUAAUUUCAUGGCACUGAUAUUUACUUUUAUUAGUUUUACCAAAGUGUACUAGUUUAGGGUUCUUGUUUACAAACAACAGGAACUGUUUACAUAAGGAGAAAAUUCACUUAUUGGAUGAGUGUGUAGGUCACAGAAUUAAUGAGAAGUUGCUGUGGGGCCGUGAUUCCCAGAUUCUGCUGCAGGCACCGCCCUUGUCGCAGCAGCCCAGACAGUGUCUGCUGUGCCAUCCCUUCAGAGUCCGAGCCCCAGGAGGGAGUAUCGUUUGAGCUAUGCUUAGGCUGCAGGCCAUGCUUCAGCCACCAGAGGGCAGGGGGAAGCACGUCUCCUCCCAUCCUCACCCUUAGAGAAGAAUGGGGAAGGGGCUCAGGAAGUACUAGGUAGGUUUAUUCCUAGAUAUUUUAUUCUUUUUGUUGCAGUGGUAGAUGGGAGUGUUUUCUUGAUUUCACUUUCAGAUUUUUCAUCAUUAGUGUAUAGGAAUGCCAGAGAUUUCUGUGCAUUAAUUUUGUAUCCUGCUACUUUACCAAAUUCAUUGAUUAGCUCUAGUAGUUUUCUGGUAGCAUCUUUAGGAUUCUCUAUGUAUAGUAUCAUGUCAUCUGCAAACAGUGACAGCUUUACUUCUUCUUUUCUGAUUUGGAUUCCUUUUAUUUCCUUUUCUUCUCUGAUUGCUGUGGCUAAAACUUCCAAAACUAUGUUGAAUAAGAGUGGUGAGAGUGGGCAACCUUGUUUUUUUCCUGAUCUUAGUGGAAAUGGUUUCAGUUUUUCACCACUGAGGACGAUGUUGGCUGUGGGUUUGUCAUAUAUGGCCUUUAUUAUGUUGAGGAAAGUUCCCUCUGUGCCUACUUUCUGCAGGGUUUUUAUCAUAAAUGGGUGUUGAAUUUUGUCGAAAGCUUUCUCUGCAUCUAUUGAGAUGAUCAUAUGGUUUUUCUCCUUCAGUUUGUUAAUAUGGUGUAUCACGUUGCUUGAUUUGUGUAUAUUGAAGAAUCCUUGCAUUCCUGGAAUAAACCCCACUUGAUCAUGGUGUAUGAUCCUUUUAAUGUGCUGUUGGAUUCUAUUUGCUAGUAUUUUGUUGAGGAUUUUUGCAUAUAUGUUCAUCAAACAAUAAAUGCUGGAGAGGGUGUGGAGGAAAGGGAACACUCUUGCACUGCUGGUGGGAAUGUGAAUUGGUACAGCCACUAUGGAGAACAGUAUGGAGGUUCCUUAAAAAACUACAAAUAGAACUACCAUAUGACCCAGCAAUCCCACUACAGGACAUAUACCCUGAGAAAACUAUAAUUCAAAAGAGUCAUGUACCAAAAUGUUCAUUGCAGCUCUAUUUACAAUAGCCAGGACAUGGAAGCAACCUAAGUGUCCAUCAUCGGAUGAAUGGAUAAAGAAGAUGUGGCA